AUGGACGCUGUUGUGAACUUAUUCCAGGAGAUGUUGAAGCAUGCAGAUCCCCGGGUCCAGGGCUACCCUCUGAUGGGGUCCCCCCUGCUAAUGACCUCCAUCCUCCUGACCUACGUGUACUUCGUUCUCUCACUGGGGCCUCGCAUCAUGGCCAAUCGGAAGCCUUUCCAGCUCCGUAAUUUCAUGAUCGUCUACAACUUCUCACUGGUGGCGCUCUCCCUCUACAUUGUCUAUGAGUUCCUGAUGUCUGGCUGGCUGAGUACCUAUACCUGGCGCUGUGACCCUGUGGACUAUUCCAAUAGCCCCGAGGCACUCCGGAUGGUCCGAGUGGCCUGGCUCUUCCUCUUCUCCAAGUUCAUUGAGCUGAUAGACACGGUCAUCUUUAUUCUCCGGAAAAAAGAUGGGCAGGUGACCUUCUUACAUGUCUUCCAUCACUCAGUGCUUCCCUGGAGCUGGUGGUGGGGGGUAAAAAUUGCCCCAGGAGGAAUGGGGUCUUUCCAUGCCAUGAUAAACUCUUCUGUGCACGUUGUCAUGUACCUGUACUAUGGACUGUCUGCCCUCGGCCCUGUGGCUCAGCCCUACCUUUGGUGGAAAAAGCACAUGACAGCCAUCCAGCUGAUACAGUUCGUCCUGGUCUCCCUGCACAUCUCCCAGUACUACUUCAUGCCCAGCUGUAACUACCAGUACCCAGUUAUUAUCCACCUCAUCUGGAUGUAUGGCACCAUCUUCUUCGUGCUGUUCUCCAACUUCUGGUAUCACUCUUACACCAAGGGCAAGCGGUUGCCCCGUGCACUUCAAAAUGGAGCUCCAGGUACUGCCAAUGCCAAGGUCAAGGCCAACUGAGAAGCGUGGCCUAGAACAGCACCCACCUAAGUGCCUCAGGACUGCACCUUGGGCAGCAUCCGUCAGUGUCCUCCCCACCUUCACCUGUGACCAGGGCCUAUGUGGUCAGGACUGAGCAGGGGACUGGCCCUCCCCUCACCACAGCUGGUCUGCAGGGACCAUUGCUUCCGUUCCUCACCCACUUCUCCCAGCCAGCUCCAGGGGAUGUGGCCUUAUUGCCCUCUGCCGCUCCAGAGACGGGGGCUGAAAGGGCUGGACACUUACUUCCCCCUCCCUGCCUUAAACUCGGAAGGAGCACUCAGGGCUGGCCCCCACCAGGGUCUUGUGGCCUUUUUCCUCACACUGAAGAGGUCAGCAAUAAUCUGUCACUGUGGACCCAGGCUUCCUCCUCCUCCAACCCACACUGAAGCAGGAGCUUCUGGGCCAAAGGUCAGGGUGGGUGGCGGGCCUGGGAAUACGGCCUGUGGAGGCUGCUUACUCACUUGUGUCUUAUUAAAAGUGACAGAAGAAA